AUGGGGGUGGGUUUGGAAGAUGCAGAGCAACCUGCCAGCUUGGCUGAAUCCUGCAGCGGCCUUGUUGGUGUUCGUCCCCGUGGAGAUCGCUUGCCGACAGAAGCAGCGGAGCAGGAUAUGCACCGGUCACUUGACAGACACCUCUGUUUGCUGCAGGGACUGAGCGAAUAUAAGAGAAACUUCAAGUGGAAAACCCCAGAGUUUUGUAGCCCAUCCCGACAGCAGAAAUCCUUGUGGGCAGGACUUCGGUCAGAUCAGUUCGGAAUCACAAGAGAACCAAACUUCAUUUCCAAGAGAAGGGUACCUUACCAUAAUCCACAGAUUUCAAAGUCCUUUGAAUGGGCAGCAGAUUGUGAUUUGAAUGACCCACUUGAAACUGAGGAUCUUAAGACUGCAGAGUUGCACAUAGACCACAACAACAAUGGUGUGAAUCAGGAAAAAAUUGAAACACCAGAAGGACCCAGACUCCCCCCAAAAGUUUGGUCAGAUUCAGUAGAUUGUAGAGGUGAAACAUCUCUUGCCCUUGCAGAAAACAACAUGAAGAGAUCACCCUCUGCAGCUCCGCCAAAUCAAAAUGAAGCAUUUGCAUCUCCAAAAAAGGAAUUUGAAAAAAUGGGUAAUGGGCGUCACAGAGUCCUUCAGAGGAAAGCAGGCAUGAAUAUUUCACGUUUAAAUACUUUCCCCAGAAAUUCUGAAUAUCAAAGCCAAUUUGUUUGGAAGAGUCCUCAUGAAAAGUCACCAAUACUUGCAGCUGAACAGGUUAUUUGCAACACAAGUAAGUCCAUACCUCCGUUUAAAUCUCCUGCAAUUACUUCUGAAACUGCAUUUGAGAGAAAUUUGAAAGGGUCUCCUCCUGUUAAGGGUCCACAAGAGAGAGGUGGUGCAGAAGAGAAAGAAUUUCUGGUUUGUGAACAAAGUAAGAGGGAAGAACCGUUUCAAAAGCCAGCAGAAGAUGCAGCAAAACAAGGGAGAUCAGAACAGAAACAUCCUAAACAAAAAAAUAAGCAACAUAUCAGUCCAAAGCCCCUCUCUUUACAUACAAGUCGUGGGAAGAUGAACACUGAAUAUAGGUCAAAAUUUUUGUCUCCAGGCCAGUAUUUCUACAAAGAUGGAGCUUGGUCUCGUAUUAGGAGUAAAGUUCCCAGCCAGGCAUCUCAAAACACCCUAAAUUCCAUGUGGUAUAUGGAGGUGAGAGAACUUCGAGAAAGAGCAAAAGCUUACAGGCAACGAGUAGAGGGAACACACUUCUCCCGAUACCAUCUCAAUCAGAUCCUGUCCGAUAAUAACAGUCUUUGGGAUGUGUCCUCAAAUUCCAGUUCAGAAGAAGGCAUCAGCAACAACAUCAGAGCACUAGAUCUUGCCGGAGUGUCUGAAAAAGAGACUGCACCAAGCCCCAAAAUGCUGCAACAGCCUGACUCCAGAGAACAGCCACACCAGGACAGCGCUGAGAAGAAAGACAUGUCAGAUGCUUUAACUGUUCCAGUCAAAAGGCGUUUAGUUUGGGGUGGACAAGAAGGUGCUGAAGAAAGGGAGAAUCGGCAAUCAACAGAAGAGGAAGAAAAACAAGAUGAACAGGCUGUAGUCGCGGCUCAGCGGUUAGAAAAAAACAAUAAGGAUGCCAAUGAAGAUAAGAAAAUUGAAGGUGAGAAUACCUUAGUAUUGAAUUCUUCUGCAGCUGUGUCAGAUUCUUCUUCUGUAUCCUCAAGGACAGGUGGCAGGCUUCCUACUCCGAAGCUGAGAGCACUUGGUGGAGCUCACAGGACUCAUCAUGAUCUCACUACCCCAACUGUUGGAGGUGCAGUUCUAGUGUCUCCUCCUAAAUUCAAGUCUUCAUCUUCACAGCAGCGAACACAAGGUUUAGGAACAGACCCUUCUUCAGCUAAGCGAGGUGCAAGAGAACCUUCAAAAAGAAGGUCCUUCCGGCCUGAUGUGGAAGUGGAAGCUGUUUCACUCCUUACCUCUCCACCUGCUGGGCUAGGAACUUUGGAUCCUCUGCCACUCAGGCAGGAUCAGUGGCCUCCUAACAGUGUUUCUGAUGAGCAAGUUCCUCUUGCUUCAGCCCGUCGAGAGCAUUCCUCUACACCUCCUGCGCUGAAGUCAGCCAAAAGCUGCUCUAUGCCUUGCUGGAGUCCCUCUUGUCGUAUUCAAGGGACGCUCAAGGAUCCAGAAUUCCAGCAUAAUGGGAUUGUUGGCAAUCCAAAAAUGAGAUCUUUCCAGUUACCCCUUCAGGAAAGAAACUGUAAUGAUGAAGAUGACAGGUUGUCUCAGAUUUCUGCUCGCUCGGCAGCAUCUAGCUCGCUUGCAUCUCAGAUACUGGAACGAGCUCAGAAGAGGAAGGAUUUCUGGGGCAAGGCAUAAUCUCUCCCACCUGUUGUAGAGAAACUGUUCUGUAAAAUGAUUUAUUUUUUUAUAGUUUGUAGUGUACAUUUUAAAAAAUUGUGAUUGUAGAUAUCAUGCAGCAUCCUUUCACUUACCACUAAUACAGCCCAACUUUUAGGACUUGCCAUCCCAAUUUAAAAUUUCAAUAUUUAAACCAGUGUUGAAAAUGUACGUCCUUUAUAUCUGAGAGUUAUGUCUUAAUUCACUAUGUCGCAACAGCCAUGUGGGUUUUUGGUUUUUUUUACAGUGGCACCUCUUGAAACUGAGAUAAUUAUUUUUUUUAUGCAACCUGUGUGUUACUUUUCAAGGUAUUCUGCUGCAGUCACGCAGUAUGACCUGGGACAGUGUUCAGGGGCAACACCAUCAUUCACCAAACACCUCAGUUGCUUGAUUUUAACCAGCUAUCUUAAAGGCAACUGUGGUAUAUUUGUUUAUGUUACUGUAUGAAUUGUCAGUGCAACACAGUGCUGUAACAACAAGUUACUUUUACUACUUGAUGGUUGGACUCGAUGAUCUUAGAGGUCUUUUCCAACCUUAAUGAUUCUAUGAUUCUGCUUACUGCUUUUAACCUGUUACCAAAAAGUUCUUCGUAUUUCUUAAUGAAGCUAACAUGGAACAUACAGGAGUUUGAGAAAAGGACACUAAGCGUUAGCAUUUGUUCAUUGUCCACAGUUUUUUGGCCAGGAUGACUAUUAGAAUUCAAUGUGUACAGUACUGCAGUUCGUCAGAUGUACUGAUGUGAACAUUUGUCUUUUUGUGAGCAAGACCCGUGUUUAGUGUUAAUUUCAACUUCUCUAGAAAAAGCAACCUCAGCCACCUUAAACAGUGGCCUUCCCCAGUCCCACUUCGAACUCAGGUAUUUAGGAGUAGUUGAUCUCUUAAAGUAAACUCAGAAGAAUGUUUUUUCUAGUCUUUGACAUUUUAAUUACCUCUCCUCCUAGUUGCCUGUUGCUGGAGAGACUGGCAUACUGUUACGGUUGUCACAGUGAAAAAUGUUUGUGAUUUAUGCUGACAGCUUGUUUUAUCUUUCCAAGUGUUGCAAACAAGUUAACAUGAAGUAGAGGAAAUAGCUGGCUAGCAGGCAGUUUGGUUCUUCUUGCGUGGCUUGAAGUUUUAAUAUUACUUCAUUUGGAAAUUUUAUACAAGAACAAAGUUGUUGAGUUUUGUACACAUUUGCUUACAUUUCAAUUUUGUACACAAUUAUGUAUGCUUAUUACUGAAAAUAAAAAAGGUGGUUUGGUUUGUUUCUAUUCAAGUUAGGCCAAA